AUGGGCAAACAAAAGCAAGCAUAUUCUUGCCCCAAUUUGUUUGCAACGAAAGUCGUUGGGAAAUCAAGUAGUCAAGCUGAAAUUCUUCCGAUCCAACAUAUACCCUGUUGCGUUGCGUUAAGUUACAAAGAGCACCGCACAAUACCUCAAGAUUUUCUUAGACUGCAUCGUUCAAAUUCCAGAAUAUUCUGGCCCGAGAGACCUUCUAAUCAUCAGCUUUGGGAGGUAUGCAAAGAGGUGCCAAUUGACAGGUCUAUAAAACGCCGAAAGUGGAUAUGGGUAGGCUCCACGCAAGCCUUUGACCGGAAUCCUCUAGACAAAAGAAAACGUGGCCGUCCGAGACCUGGCAAUGAAGCAUCGUUGCAGAGGCGAAGGAUAUGUAAAUAG